GACCCGCCACCGAGCCGGUGCACACCCGGAGAGCUUCGGCCGAGGGAGCAGCGCCCGGGCGCGCGCCCGACACCAUGGCCCGGAGGCCCGCCUUCGACAAGCCUAAAGUGGAACUGCACGUCCAUCUAGAUGGUGCCAUCAAGCCAGAAACCAUCUUAUACUUUGGCAGGAAGAGAGGUCUCCCCCUCCCAGCUGACACUGCGGAGGAGCUGCAGAACAUCAUCAGCAUGGACAAGCCCGGCUCCCUCCCAGGUUUCCUGGCCAAGUUUGAGUACUACAUGCCUGUGAUCGCGGGCUGCAGGGAGGCAAUCGAAAGGAUUGCUUAUGAGUUUGUGGAGAUGAAAGCCAAGGAAGGCGUGGUGUACGUGGAGGUACGCUACAGCCCUCACCUGCUGGCCAACUGCGAUGUGGAGCCAGUCCCCUGGAACCAGACCAAAGGGGACCUCACCCCUGAUGAAGUGGUGCGCCUAGUGAACCAGGGCCUGCGGGCAGGAGAGCACGCAUUCGGGGUAAAGGCCCGCUCUAUCCUGUGCUGCAUGCGCCACCAGCCCAACUGGUCCCUUGAGGUUCUGGAUCUGUGUAAGAAGUACCACCAGCAGACCGUGGUGGCCAUCGACCUGGCUGGUGACGAGACCAUCAAAGGAAGCAGCCUUUUCUUGGGCCACAUGGCAGCCUAUGAGGGAGCUGUGAAACAUGGCAUUCACCGCACCGUCCAUGCCGGGGAGGUGGGCUCUGCUGAGGUCGUGCGACAGGCGGUGGACAUACUUAAGACAGAGAGGGUGGGGCAUGGCUACCACACCCUGGAGGAUGAGGCCCUCUACCAGAGGCUACGGCGAGGAAACAUGCACUUCGAGGUCUGCCCCUGGUCCAGCUAUCUCACGGGUGCCUGGAAGCCAGAAACGCAACAUGCAGUUGUUCGCUUCAAGAAUGACCGGGCCAAUUACUCACUGAACUCAGAUGACCCCCUCAUCUUCAAGUCCACCCUGGACACCGACUACCAGAUGACCAAACGGGACAUGGGUUUUACUGAGGAGGAGUUUAAGCGAAUGAACAUCAAUGCAGCAAAGUCAAGCUUCCUCCCAGAAAACGAGAAGAGGGAGCUUCUGGACAAGCUCUGCAGAGCAUACCAACUGCCACCACAGGCCACCACGGGUAUGUUCCUGCUGGGCCCUGGCCACCACCCUGCUCUGCUUUGCUCUGUGCACGAUCCUUACAAGAGCCCUUCCUCCAGGGCCUGCUGGUCACCCUCUUGUUGUGGCUUAUUUUCUGAGCAGCUGCUGUCUGGGAAGACUGGCCUAAGGGAGGCUUCCUGAAGGCCAAUCUGAACCAUUUGGGCAGCUUGGCAUUCCAUCUGGGCAGGAGCUUGGGCUGGCCCUAGCUCUUUAUGUUCCCUCCCUCCCUCACUUCCUCCCUUUCUAUGUAGCCUUGGCAAGCCCCACAGCCCCUGUUCAAAGCCUCAGAGUCUUGGCACCUGUGGAAGAGAGCUCUUCUCUGGUUUUGGAGUUCUGUGAUUUUCACAUAGCCAGUUUCUAAUGUUUCUGUCUCAUUGACUUGACCAACAGGGCAGGAUCCUUGAAGGCAGCAUGGCCACCUCUUAGCCUCCCCAUAUGGAUGGAGUCUCCGUAACUCUCUGACACUCUUUGCCUCUAUUCCAGACCUUGGCCUGGCCAAGUCUGUCCCCUGACCAGGUGUCCUUGCCAGGGCCUAAGGCCAAGGGGCGGGUAUGGAUCUGAAACCCUCCUCCUGAGGCAACAUGCGGAAAAUCUGGUGCUCAAUAAAGCAGCUGGUGGCUGGUUGUGCAGCA